UCGCAUAAGUGACGAUUGUCCCCUGCGGUUGUCAUCGAUGAGCACGGUCGUUUACGCGUCGGCGGCAAGGGAGACGACAUCGAAACGUGAGCGCUGGGAAAGGCAGACGACCAUUGUCAGUGCAUGGCUCCCAAGCUAUUGCACAGCCACCGACGCUGUGAUCUUGCGCGUGACGGUGUUUGUGGAGUCCAGUGUGAAUCUCGUGAUGUCAUCGGAAGCGGCAUCUGGGAUGGACGUUGACGGCGGGGCAGGGCGCGGUGGUUUGACGACGGCGGAGAGGACGGCUAUUGCUGCGGUGGUUAAUGCCGUCCUCUUCCGCUGCCAGAUGGCCAGCAAUGACGCGAACUUCAAAGCGGCUGUUCGUGCACGGCGCAAGCUCAUGGCGUUUCCGACGACUGGGCAGUGCUUGGAUGUGGCUGCCAUUUCCGACGCGGUGCUGGAGGUCUGCUACGCGAUGGGGUACGGGGGGCUUCCACGGGCGACUCCACGGUGGUGGGUGAAGCGGCGAACCGGCGGCACGUGGGAGGAUCUGCAGCAAUGUGAUGACGCAACGGAUGAUUACUUCAAGGAGAAGCUUCGAAUGUCGCGUCGUGUUUUCCGCGAGAUCGCGGAGACUCUUUCCUCACUCCUUGAACGCCGUGUGACGUUCUACAGGGUGCCUUUGCAGCCAGACCACAUCAUUGCGUAUGCACUGUACAGGUGGGCGACGGGGGAGACGUACGACAGCGGGACGUGUAGCUUCGGCAUCGGGAGGGCUUCCGGCAUCACGGCGGUGCGUGACGUCACGGCGGCGUUGCUGACUGCUUACCCCGACAAGAUAUCAUGGCCCACAGGCGCAAGUGGUGGUCGACAUGAACUUGUGUUUGCUGGACGUCUUCGUCGGUUAUCCGGGGAGUGUGCAUGACAUGAGGAUGCUGAACCUGUCGAGUUUGUGGGUGCGCGCGGAGUCAGGACAAC